GAAGUUUUGAAACAAAUUUUCAGUGAAUACUGUCUUUAUGCUAAGUCAUAAUCAUAACAACGAAAAUUUUCAUGAUGAAUAUUUCCAAGUGAUAGAAGAAAAUAUGAAUGUUAUCUCGUGCAUUAUGCCGUCGGCGAUUUAUGGGCAAUCUGGAUUGUGUGUAACAUCGGUAUAAGGAUUUACCUCGAUUACAGCGAAAACAUUGUGCUACAAAUAACCAGAAUCAUGGAACAAGCAUAAAGUAUUGGAAUUGAAAAGCCUACCAAGCCUGCUCAGUUAGUGAAUAGUGUAGUGAAGUAAACAAUGAAUUUGGACUCGAUAGCUCGGCCCGAGACAAUUCACGUAGCAGCUCCAGGAGCCACCACGCGCCCUCCACAAACCAUGCCACAGCGGUCGCCGUUCGCCAUCCAGGAGCUGCUCGGGCUGAGCGAUAGCUCCCGACCGAGUGGCGUAGUGUCGGCCGUGACGCCGUCCCUCUAUCCCGGCGUCGGACAAACUCCGUUCACGGCCGAUCCGCACCAGAUGCAGAUGGCUGCCUCGCGGAUGGCCUACUUCAACGCACACGCGGCCGUGGCGGCAGCGUUUCUGCCGCACAAUAUGGCAGCAAGUGCGGCCGGCGGCCCUCUGCAGCUCCAUCACCAGUCCACUGCCGGUUUUCCACAUCUAAAGUCUACGUUCGGCGCAGCCGGCAGUCCCUGUUUACCCGGUGGUGUCGACUCUACCAAAGAUUUUACGUUAGAAAAUAUCAACGGAUAUGGAAAGAAAAAGAAAAAGAAGCGGAGGCACAGUCGAACGAUAUUUACCAGCUACCAAUUAGAUGAGUUAGAAAAAGCCUUCAAAGAAGCCCACUACCCCGACGUUUAUGCCCGAGAAAUGCUUUCGCUGAAAACGGAUCUUCCAGAGGAUAGGAUACAGGUUUGGUUCCAGAACCGACGAGCCAAGUGGCGCAAGACUGAAAAAUGCUGGGGCCGAAGUACCAUCAUGGCGGAGUACGGCCUCUACGGAGCUAUGGUGAGGCACUCGCUUCCACUGCCGGAGACCAUCCUCAAGUCGGCCAAGGAGAACGAGUCCGUUGCACCGUGGCUUCUAGGUAUGGAGAUGAAAAGUAUGCACAAAAAGUCAAUGGAAGCGGCGGAAACCUUGAAAAACUCCGAAGAUAACAGCGAUCGGGAAGAAACUCGGACGGAAGCCAGUGAUAUUAGUGCAGGUUCUAGUUUGAACAACCAUGGUAGCUCCCCAGUCAAAUCUCCCGGAUUAAAUCCGCCCGGUAGCACCAACAGUGGAAGCACAAUCAGUACCAGUCACCUAUGUUCUAGUUCAAGUAGCGGCCAGUCCCAUAGUACUCACUCCAACCCUACGACCAGUGUUAUAUCGCAUCUCUCACCCACUUCGGCACAUUCUCCAAUCAAUAGUUCAUCGACGGCGUCGAUAACGCCACCUCCGUCAGCACUAGCACGGCACCGAACUUCACCUCUAGUGUCCCUGGCCGGGGGACAAACGCAAUCGGGCCCGCUAGGUCAUCCGCACCAUCAUCCUCACCAUCCGCACCCGGCGCACCACCACAGCCCAGUUGAUAGCAAAGAGUUCAAACUGAACGCCACCGUCAGCCCUACCGGCAAUAGUUACCACCCCGAAAACGACCCCGAAGCGUUUAGGUGGGUUGACUACCGAGAUCCUGUUUCGUACAUACGGAACAACUCCAUAGCCUGCCUUCGCGCCAAAGCCCAGGAACACCAAGCCCGCUUGCUCAACAGUGGGCUGCUGCUGCAGGUUCGUUCGCUGGCGGGUCUCCAAAACCCUCUACACCACAACCACGGUGGCGGAGGAAUGGCAGGGGGUGGCCCCGGUGGAGGACCAGCUGGAGUGAUCGGCAAUGGCGGCAUUCCCUCGUCGCAUCCCUGUGAUUCCAACGGUAACAACCUGCUGAUGGGCAGCGCCGCGCACCACUCGUCGUCGCAGGAAAACCUGAACCUCGCCGCAAUCGAUCGGCAACGGUCGGAGGCCAACAGCAGCAACGGAUCGGCCAUAUCGAUAAAGUGCCGCAGCAAUAGCCCUAACGUGGCCACUUUUUGACAUUAGAACGGCUAGGUAGCGGGGCUUUUGGGCUCCCAUUCUAGCGCCCAUCGAACGUAGUAGGAUCAGUCACUAGCUUGUAGAGUCAGUGCUUCUCUGGUUAGCUUUUGUUUCGCAUAGUUGUGUUUUGUACAAAGUUACGAAAAGCUUUAGUUGUUACAAUUUAAGCAAUGGUAUGGCAAUUGAGCGAUGACAUCUGACCUGGAUUCCGGUUUUGAACAUGUUUUGCCACUUAAAACUCGCUCUUUGAACAUAAUUUUAUAAGUGCAAUGUCUCUCAAGCAUUCUAUGUUUCAAUAUUCUAAUUCAGUUAAAUUUUCAAAACUAAUUCCAUAUAAGUCAGGAUGUUCGAAGUUUGAUCAAAAAUACGUAAAUAUCAUAGACCUUGGAAGUAAAAUGCUCAAAAUUUUCAGUACACAUUUUAAAGACAAUGGAAAAGGAAACAAUGUUUAAUUCUAAUUGAUUUUCCGAACACUAAUGAAAAUUUUUUAAUAGCUUACAAUUUCCACUUGCUCUGAUGUAUCUCAAUAGUUUUCCUAAAUCGGCACUAAAAAUCACCAAAAAAUAAAAUUUAUCUUGUAGGUAGAACAACGACAGGAACGAAACACUACAAACGAACUAAGGGAAAUGGGAAAUUGUGCCCAUUACUACUAUACAUUGUGUACAUAGGUUCGCUGCUGAUAUAUUUUUGCAGCCAGUAGAACAACUUUUCGCAUUAAACAAAAAACAUUCGUACUUAUAUUGUAAAAAAGACACAGAUUAAGAGGUAAAGUAAUCGAAUGAUCGAUUUAACGAAAUAAUUUUAGCAAUGGCAACAAAAUUUAAACUGUGGUAAUAAAGUUCAUAAUAACCAUAAUACACUGUAAUGGCAGCACUUGCGGAAGUGCUUUGUGAAUGUAAAUUGAGAACGAUCGGUAUGGAUGGAAAACUCUUAUAAUGAUGAUGAUGAGAUAAAUCAGAAAUGUCACUAUGAUAUUGAAAUUAUUAGAGCGUACUUAGAAAGCAACUAAUCUGAAAAAUAAAAACAAUCGCUGAAGAAGUGAAUGAUUUCAAUGAAAUUGUGUUUUAUAUUUCGUCCUAAUCCUACCAAUAACUAGUCCUCUGUUUCCUUCGAACGAUGAAGGUCACUGCAUUCCUCCAUUGAGAAGCUCAGUUCGUUCGUGAACUCUUAUUU